AUGUUGCGAAAAGCUACUGUUCGACUUACUCGACCUAUCGCUGCUCGAUCUCUUACAUCUGAGAAUCGAUGGUCUGGAGACUUUAUUCAUGUCUCUCACACUGACGCCAAGGUCGGAUUGAUCGAGUUGGACCGACCAAAAGCGCUCAACGCUCUCUGCGACGGACUGAUGCUCGAAGUCGCCAAGGCCCUCGACGAAUUCGACGCUGACAAGUCGAUCGGCGCUGUGAUCAUCACCGGUCGAGGGCGAGCCUUCGCCGCUGGUGCUGACAUCAAAGAAAUGCUUCCUCUCAACUAUGCCCAAGUCGCUGGUGGUGAUUUCUUGGCGCAUUGGGGUCGCGUUUCCAAGAAUACCAAGCCUGUUCUUGCCGCUGUCAAUGGGUUUGCUUUUGGUGGUGGUUGUGAGCUGGCGAUGAUGUGCGACAUCAUGUACGCUUCCGACAAGGCAGUUUUUGGUCAGCCAGAAAUCAAGCUCGGCACCAUUCCCGGCGCCGGCGGCACUCAGAGAUUAACUCGCGCUGUUGGAAAAUCCCUUGCGAUGGAGAUGUGCCUUUCUGGCGAGCCAAUCAAGGCUGAUCAGGCACUCGUCGCUGGACUCGUUUCCAAGGUCGUCCCUGGCGACCAGUUGCUUGACGAAGCUCACAAAACUGCCGCUAAAAUCGCCGAAAUGUCACAGCUGACUACUGCCAUUUGCAAAGAAGCCGUCAACGUGGCCUUCGAGUCGACUCUGGCCGAAGGUGUGCGAUUCGAGAGACGCAUGUUCCACGCCACUUUCGGCACUGAAGACCGCCGGGAAGGCAUGUCCGCUUUUGCCGAAAAGCGAAAAGCCAACUUCAAGGAUUGCUAA